AUGGUGCCCUCAAAACAUUCUCCCACUCCAUGCUCUGGGAGUUUGCGUUCGUAUACUGAGUCUGACAACGAUGGUCAGGAAGUCGUACGGGUCAGGACCUCUUGCGAUGACGCAAGAUAUUGUGAUAAAAAACUAUCCGCACCCUGUAGCAUUUCCUUCGACAUUGGACCAGCCUAUUACCCACGAUUUCUCCAAAAGAAAUCUUGGGAGAUUGAAUCACCCGAGGAAUCAGAAUCUGGAUCUACACAUGAACCUUCUAACAUAUCUCCAAUCGUAUCUCCACUCGUAUCGCCACUCACAUCUUCAGCUGAAUCCAUGACUUGCACCGUGUCUAAUCAAGGCCCAUCACAGAGAGACGACGAGUCGAUAACAGAAAUAGAUGAAGCAACUCAACGUAAAUCCGACCUCCGAGAACAACUCGAGAUGGAAAGAGCCAAAAGCUCCGCUUUGAAAAAGGAAAGAGAUGACGCAGUUCUAUGCGCAACGGAUCUAAAGACGAAAUUUGACAUAGUGGAGAAGGAGAAAGACGACGCGGAAAAGCAACUUUGUAAAACACGUCAGGAGAUCUCAAUGUUGGAGAAGCGACGGAAUGGAAUAUUUUGGGGGGAGAAAUCAGCUUUGGUUCAGGCUGAGAGAGAUCAAGCUAUUACGCGCGAAUCGGACAGUUUGGAAUUGAAGCAAAAAGCGGAGAAGGAAAGGGAUGAUGCGUUGGAGCUUGUGACGCGGGUCUACGAAUUUCAGAAGGAAACGCUGGAGGAAAGGAACGAAGCUCGUAGAAUUGCAUUGAAGAGAUUGAAGGAGACGGAGCAGGCGGAGAAGGAGAGAGAUGAGGCGCAGCGACUUGCAGCUGAGAGUUCAAAACAGACGAAGCAAGCGCAGAAACUGGAAAAUGAAGCAGAAGUACGAGUAGGAAAAUUACUGUGGGAAAAAUUACUAAGAGAGGGGAUGCAGAAGGAAAGAGAUGAAGCCCGUCGGCAUUUGAAAGAAGCGGAACAAAGAUGUUACCGAUGGAAGCGGGAGUUAGACCUACUACGCGAGGAGAUAGAGGAGAUGAAGGGGGAGAAUAAGAAAAGAGGAUGGCACCGGACUUCUUUUCUUGGUGCGUUGUUUGACUGA